CUCAUUUACAGAAGAAUCUCCUCUCUCUCUCUCUCUAACCACCCUCCUUGAUCGGCAUCUCCGCCGUCCCCCCAUUUUCCACGGCGUCAGAAACCGCAGAAAACGUAUUGAAAACGCUACCGCCGAACAAAAAUUUCAGGUAAAGUUGAAUAGUGCCAUCUAUGGAGGUCGCACCUCAGAGUUCGGAAGCCCCAGUUACGAAGGUGGUUGAGGAUUCUGGAAAUGAUGUCGUUGGUGAUAAGGUAACUAAUGGGGAUGUAACUCAAGUUGGCAAAGAAGGUAAGAAUGAAGAGGAGGAAAAUGCUCUGGAUGGGGAGUUCAUAAAAGUAGAAAAGGAGCCUCUGGAGGCGAAGGAUACUCCUCAUCCAGCCAAAACAGCAGCCGCAGAGGAGGAUAAACCAACUAUUGUUGAAAGAAGUUCAAGCAAUUCAAGCAGAGAAUUACUGGAGGCCCAAGAGAAGUCGAGAGAUCUUGAGCUUGAAAUUGAGAGAUUAGCUGGGAGUUUGAAGAAUUUAGAGUCUGAGAAUUCAAAGCUGCAGAGUGAGGUAUCACUCACAAAUCAGAAGCUUGAGGAAAGUGAAAAGAAGUACGAAGAGGUUGAACUCAACCAUAAGAAAUCGAAAGAGCAGAUCGUUGAAUCUGAAGAGAAAUACAGUUCGCAGGUCAGCAGUUUGCAACAGGCAUUGCAAGCUCAAGAAGCUAAAAACAAGGAAUUGAUAGCGGUGAAAGAAGCAUUUGAUAGUUUGAGCCAUGAUUUUGAGAAUUCGCGGAAGCAGAUUCAGGAGUUGGAACAAAAACUGAAGAUCUCUGGAGAUGAAGCACUGAAAUUUGAAGAACUUCAUAAACAAAGUGGCUUGAAUGCUGAAUCUGAGUCAAAGAAAGCAUUGGAGUUUGAGAGGCUUCUUGAAUCAGAAAAACUGAGUGCAAAGGAAAGGGAAGAUCAAAUCUCUUCCCUGCAAGAAAAAAUCAAGGACUUAAAUGACAAGAUCGCCGAAAGCCAAAAGGUGGAAGAAGCACUUAGAACUACGUCAACUGAGCUUUCGGCAGUCCAGGGUGAUCUAUCGCUUUCCAAAUCUCAAGUGCUUGAAUUGGAGAAGAAACUUUCUUCGAAGGAAGCUUUAGUUGAAGAACUGACUCAGGAUCUGGAUGUCCGAAAGGCUUCAGAGUCUAAGAUCAAGGAAGAUAUUUCAGCCGUUGAAAACCAGUUUGCUUCAACAAAAGAGGAUCUUCGUGUAAAGGAUUCUGAAUUGGAAGAAAUCAGAUUGAAGCUCCAGGAAGAGAUCAACCAAAAAGAAUCUGCGGAGUCUGCUUUCAAAGCUCAGGAGGCACAAGUCUCGACUAUUCAAAAGGAACUUGCUGCAGCUAUCAAAAAUAAAGAAGAGCUUGAAGUGACUGUAGCAGAUCUCUCUAGCAAUGCAAAACAAUUGAAAGAUUUAUGCAACGAUCUUGAGGAAAAACUGAAGCUUUCAGAUGAGAAUUUUGGAAAAGCUGAUUCUCUUUUGUCUCAAGCUCUGUCCAACAAUAAGGAGCUGGAACAGAAGUUGAAGAGUUUGGAGGAUCUCCAUAAUGAAACUGGAGUUGUGGCUGAAACUGCCACUCAGAAGAAUCUUGAACUUGAGGAAAUUGUCCAAGCUUCAACUGCUACAGCGGAAGAUGCAAAAUCACAAUUAAGAGAACUUGAGACUCGGUUUAUAGCAGCAGAACAAAAGAAUGUGGAGCUUGAACAACAGCUCAAUUUGUUACAAUUGAAAAACAGUGAUGCUGAGAGGGAAGUGAAUGAAUUAUCUGAGAAAAUUAAAGAACUGAGUACUACGUUGAUAGAUGUUGAGCAAGAAAAGAAGCAGCUGAAUGAGCAAAAGCAGGAAUAUCAGGAUAAGGUAUUGCAACUGGAAUCUGCAAUACAGCAGUCAACGUUGCAGCAUCAAGAGCUUGAGAAGGAAUUGAAAACCACAAUUGGGAAAUGUUCUGAACAUGAGGAACGAGCAAACAUGAAUCAUCAACGUGGCCUUGAACUUGAAGAACUGAUCCAGACAUCUCAUAACAAAAUUGAAGUUUCAGAUAAAAGGGCGAGUGAGUUGGAGUUGUUGCUUGAAGCAGAAAAGUACAGAAUUCAAGAACUCGAAGAACAAAUAAGUACUCUAGAAAAGAAAUGCGGGGAUGCUGAAGCAGAAACCAAGAAAAAUUUUGACCAGGUAGCUGUCCUGGCAUCUCAAAUCAAGGCAUAUGAAGAAAAGGUAGAAAACCUUGAAACUGCGUUGCAUGUUGCCAAUGGAAAGGAAAAGGAAUUAGUUGAAUCGCUGGAUAUGGUAACAGAAGAGAAGAAAAAAUUGGAAGAUGCAUUGAACUUAUCCAACGGUCAGCUGGCUGAAUCAGAAAAUUUGGUGGAAGUUAUAAGGAACGAUCUGAACAUCACUCAGAAGAAACUUGAAAGCAUCGAGAGCGAUCUCCAGGCUACUGGUAUCAGAGAGACUGAGGUAUUGGAAAAGCUGAAAUCUGCAGAGGAGAAACUUGAACACCAAGUAAGAAUAAUUGAGCAAGCUACUGCAAGAAACUCAGAACUUCAGUCGUUACAUGAGUCAUUAGCUAAGGAUUCAGAAACUAAAAUACUAGAAGCAGUAGGAAAGUUCACUGACAAAGAAUCUGAAGCGAACUCUCUGUUGGAGAAAAUUAAAGUUCUUGAAGAACAAAUAAAAGCUUAUGAGGAUCAGAUAUCUGAAUCCAAUGGGAGAUCUGCAGCUUUAAAGGAAGAAUUGGAUCAGACUUUGACAAAAUUAACUUCUUUGGAGGGUACAAAUGGUGAACUCCAAAAAUAUAUUUCGGAAGUUGAAAACAAAGUUUCUCAGAUUUCUUCAGAGAAUGAACUAUUAGUAGAUACAAACAUUCAACUCAAAAGCAAGGUUAAUGAACUUCAGGAGUUAUUGAGCUCUACUCUUUCUGAAAAGGAAACUGCUCAUCAGGAGCUGGCUUCUCAUAAGAGUUCUAUUGCUGAAUUAACCGAAAAGCACUCAAGAGCCAUCGAGUUCCAGUCUGUAACUGAAGCCCGUCAAGUGGAGAUAGAUCUGAAAUUGCAGGAAGCCAUUCAAAAGUUCGACCAGAAAGAUUCAGAGGCUAAGGGCUUGAGUGAGAAACUAAAGGCAGCAGAGGACCAGAUAAAAUUGAUGGAAGCGAAGGCUCUGGACGCUUCUACAGACGCUGAAGCUCGUAAGAGUCAACUCGAAGAGACUCUUUUGAAAGUAACGCAUUUAGAAAGCUUGGUAGGAGAGUUGCAAACCAAGACAAUUGAUGCUGAAAAGGAGAAUGCAGGGUUAAAUGAAGUGAAGUUGAGGCUUACUCAGGAAUUAGCCUCAUAUGAAUCUAGUUUGAGCGAUCUUCAGGCCAAGUUAUCCGCCGCAAACGUUGAAAGGGAUGCAACUGCUGAACGGCUUCAGACAGCAGAGGGUGAGAUAAAAUUGGUUGAAGCAAAGGCUCUGGAAGCUUCUACUGAUGCUGAAGCUCAUAAGACUCAGCUCGGAGAGAGUAUUUUGAAAGUGAAGGAUCUAGAAAGCAUAUUAGAGGAUCUGCAAACCAAGGCAGUUAAUGCUGAAAAGGAGAAUGCAGGGUUAAAUGAAGCAAAUUUGAAACUUGCUCAGGAAUUAGCCUCACAUGAAUCUAGUUUGAGUGAUCUCCAAACCAAGUUAUCUGCUGCAAAUGCCGAAAGGGAUGAAACUUCAGAACGGCUUCAGACCGCAGAGAAGACUGUACAUAAGUUGAAAUCGCAGGUGGUUUCUGAAGAACAGAGGCUACAGUCUCAGAUUGCUUCAAUUAUGGAAGACAACAACGUGCUCAAUGAAACAUACCAGAAGACCAAAAAUGAAUUUCAGUCAGAGAUAUUACAGCUGGAAGGAAAAUUGAAAGAACAGAGCAAACUUGAAGAUGCAUUGAGAUCUGAAAUUGAAAGUCUCAAGGCAGAGAUUGCUGAGAAUAACGGUCUAAAAAUUCGCCUAAAAGAACUUGAAGAAGAGCUGAGUAAAUCCGAAGCUCAACGGAAAGAUGAGGUUGAAAGUGUUCGGGCGACAGCGGCUGGAAAAGAAACAGAAUUGAUUUCCAAAUUGGAAGAUUAUGGACAAAAAAUCCAAGAUAGAGAUCAACUAAAUGAACAAGUGCAACAACUUCAGAAAGAUUUGCAGGUGGCUAAGACGGAGAUUGCUGAACAGAAAGAGAAAGAUUCUCAAAAAGAGUUCGAACGAGAGGAUUCACUUAAGCGGUCUCUUCAAGAUCUGGAAGAGAAGGGCAAAGAAAUUCUUGCUCUAGAAACACAACUCAAGGACCUCCAGCAGAAACUCAGCCUGGCUGAGGCCAAGUCAAUAGAAAAGGCUGAUGGAGGUAGUUCUACCGAGGCGAAGGACGGAGUCGAAAUCAAAUCCAGAGAUAUUGGAUUAAGCUUUUCAGCUCCAACAAAAAGGAAGCAUAAGAAGAACAAAGAUGAGGCAACAACAACACCUACAUCUAGAUCUCCACCAUCUUCUUCCGAAACACAUACUCAAACUGCUGAGGUUUCUUCAAUCUCCUCUUUGAAGAUUGUUUUGGGAGUAGCUCUUGUCUCUGUGAUAAUUGGUAUAUAUCUGGGGAAAAGGUAUUAGAUAUCUGUGGUUUUCGAUUUUCUCUUUUUUUUUCCAUCUUUUUUUCAAUCUUUUCCCCUUGUUUUCCUUCCUAUUUUUCUUCCCCCCAGUAGCUAGAAAAAGCAUCCUAUUUGGAAGCUUUGUUUCUUUCAAAUUUCUUAUGAGUUUUAGGGAAUUCGUUUUAUUUUCUAUCCCAAAGCCAGCAUGUGUAAAAGCCAAUACAGUUGUUGAUGAUACGUCUAGUUUUCAAGUGUGUAUUUUAUCUUGUAUGCUCAGAAGUUGCAGAUCAUGUACGUAAUUUUCCUUUUUGUAAUGCAUUUUAGAAGUCAUUAUAAUGGAAUCGUUUAGAAUUUUAUCCA